ACCCGCCUCGGCGCAAUGCUGGAACCUGUGAGAAAGGCGCUGGGAGUGAGCUGUGCAGCACCAGCAGCCUUGUUCUAUGGCACUGGGCAUGGAGGCUCUGCCUGCAUUCUCACUGCAUGCCCUGGCUGUGGUGUGGGGCUGGACCCCAGCAUUGCUGCUCUGAGCUUGAUAGAAGGAGGUCUCCGUGGACAUUUUGUUGGAGGAUUCGAGUCCUUCUGUAGAGGACCCAUCCAGUUAGGAAGCAGAUCCACAGACCUGCUUAUCCAGUCUUCUGCUUACCUCACUGCUGAGGGAACGUUUGAAAUGUUCAACCUGGAUUGGAAGGUUGGGGGCACCAUGAAGAUCAAAGGCCAUAUAUCUGAGAAUGCUGAUAGGUUUGCCAUCAAUCUCGGCUGCAAAUCCUCGGAUCUGGCGCUUCACUUCAACCCCCGUUUCAAUGAGUCUGUCAUCGUCUGCAACUCCUUGUGCUCUGACAACUGGCAGCAGGAGCAACGCGAUAAACAUUUCAGUUUCCACAAGGGCUCCACUGUCAAGAUCAUCAUUGAAUUCCUGGGAGACAAAUUCCUGGUGAAACUACCAGAUGGGCAUGAAGUGGAGUUCCCCAACCGGCAUGGCUAUGACAAGAUCAGCUACUUGAACAUUCAUGGAGGAUUCAAAGUCACCUCCUUCAAGGUGGAGUGAUGAGUUCCACUUCCUAGUGCUAAUAAAAACCCAGCUGGGAUUGCUUGCUUCA